AUGGAGACCGCCUUGAGGUCAAACCGACAUCUACCGGACAUGUUUAGGAGUAAGACUGGGAUAUUGCUCGAAAAGGCAACAGCUAAAGGCACAAGAAAGAGGUACAAUAAGUCGGUAGUUGGGCAGCGGAAGACGCAAGUCGAGGCCAGCGUGCUGAAAGCAGGUAGAUGGAUCGUGGUGAGAAUGAGCCAAACGGACAACGCAAUGGACGAUGGGACUGACGCUGACUGGCUGAGUGUUAGGCUAGAUGGACCUAGGGGAACAGGCAGCACCGUGGAUGGAGACGAUAUGGAGCGGAGAGUCGCAAACAAGCGCGCUGACGCUAAGGAAAGCCAAAAAGACGAAGUUGAUAGAAAAGCAGCCUUGGAUUUCCACGUUGAAGCCCUGGAAACCAAGCGCAAAGUUGCCCACACCCCCCAUCCAGUUGCAUUUUCCCUCAUGGUUCGGCCGUUUUACCAGAAAAGCUCGGCCAUGUCGAGAAGAGGAGAAGAGGCGAUGACCUGCGAUGGUCAAGAUAGACACCAUGCAAUGGACUAG